AUGAAACGGACUAUGUUAUUAACAGUGACCGUCGCUGUCUUGACAUUGUGCUCGAAUGUCGAAUUGAAAAACUACCAAAAUAGUUCAUAUUAUGAAUUCGAUGCGAAGGAAAGUCUGGUUUCUGAUGAAGAUUCAGCAACUAAUGGCAUUAAGGCCUUACUAGAGAAGAAAUACCGGUUUAAGAACACAGGAGAUUUUACCAGAUACAAAAUUACAAAGGGCACACAUGAUUUCCCAGUAUUUCCGAAAUCGAACGAAGAUGAUCACAUCGAAAUGGUGUUUCGGACGUAUGCCGCCCGCCGGAUCGUGGGGGGCAUGCAGACCAGCAUCAGCGUAUACCCUUACAACGUGGCGAUAAGCCACAACGGCAGACAUUGGUGCGGGGGAGCCAUCAUCGAUGAGCAGUGGGUGCUGACGGCAGGACAUUGCAUGGAGAGUGUUUUUGAGAAUCCGAAAAAUAUGCGGCAAUACACAAUACGGGCUGGGAGCUCUUUCCAUGACCGCGGGGGAUACUUAGCUCGCAUUAAUAAGGUAUUUUACCCGAAGGAUUACGAACCAGGCGAAGCGGAUUACGAUUUCUCGCUGCUACGACUAGACCGCCCUAUGCCCAUCGGCAGGAACAUAGCUGUCCUCAACCUGCCGGCCAAGCAGUACAACGUGGAUGAAGGCGACAUCCUCAUUGUCUCAGGGUGGGGAAGCACUCAUCCCUCAGGUUACGGACACAUUCCGGAUCGGAUACGGUUUGUUCCCGUUCCGGUGAUGGCACAAGACAAAUGUCAGAAGUCCUACAAUAUUUAUAUAACUCCUAGAAUGCUCUGCGCUGGAUAUCCUUCCGGGGGGAAGGACUCUUGUAAUCACGACUCGGGCGGACCGGCCGUUAACAAAGACGGAGUGUUGAUAGGUCUCGUCUCGUUUGGCGGUAAGAAUUGCGGAGCUCCCAACUCCCCGGGAGUUUACAGUCGAGUCUCCGAAAUAACUGAUUGGGUUGAGCGUACGAUAAACGAUAACGAGGCCUUCAAGGACCCAGAUUUGAUACCGAAAAUCGAAAGGGCCCGGGAGCGAGAACGCGAAUUGCAGAGAUUCCAAGCUCACGUCGAAAACAAAAAGAACAAAAUUAAGAAUUGGCUUCGGGAUACUCUGAACUCGCCCACUUUCAUUAAGACGGCGAAGAAAAAGCUACGCGAAGCAGGCAUCGACACCCGAAGGAGCUUACUGUACAAAAAGACGAAUUCUGCUGUUCUCGGUGACAAAAAGAUGGACGACCUCAAUUUGAUAAAUUGGAUAAACGAAAAGAUAAUUGGUGGGGAUGGCGACGUUAACGAAUCAGAAAAAAUUCUAAGGAUUUUAGCAUUAGAAGCGGUAGUGCUUCACGAAAACGAAAACCAAACUAAAAGGAUGUCAGAUAAUAGCGAUCUAAGUGUCGAGUCAAUAUUAGGUUUUAUUGCAGAUGGAUAA